UCGCACGGUGGCUGCUGCAUCCAUAGUGAGCUGGGAGCCCAGGUUGUGUCGCUGCUGCUCCCCAGCGGGGUGUGUGCGGGGACAGACCUGCGCUAACCUCCCUCUGUGCCAAGCCGGGGCACUCUCUCCGGGGGCUGGAACCAGUCCCUGGGGCAGCCCCGGGCUCUGCCGACACCGGAGCCUGCAGGAGCUGGUGAUCUUUGAGGAGGCGGCUGUGUAUUCCACCAAGGGGCACGUCUCACCGCAGGGCCCCCUGCAGGUUCGCCAUGCAGGAGAACUACGAGAACGUGAUCUCGCUGGCGGAGGAGAUUGCGAUCAGCUGGCCCCGGAUAACCGCUUUUGCCGAGUCCCACAGAAGGAGAGGAUUGGUGUCCGGUAUAGAGAUGGAGUCAGAGCAGGGCCAGCUGGAGCCAGCCCAGGUGCAGAACUCAGCCACGGCUGGGCCCAGUGAAGGAGGGAUGACCCCUGACUUGCGUCGGCAGCUGGGUCUCAUCCUGCAGACCGCCGGCCGGAGCCAGGUGGAGAAGAUGCUGCGGGAGCUGGUGAGGGAGCAGAGCCAGGAGGGCAAGCGUAAGGCUCGCAAGAAAGCCACAAGGAGUCCCAAGGAUGGAGGUGACGGGGUGCCAAGUGACAACGAGGAGGAGACUCCCCUACAGGAAAGCUCUGAGAAGGCAGAGUCACCUGAGGCCUUGCCAGGAAAAACCGAGGGCCCUGAUCAGGGUAAAGCCAGCGGGAGCCAGUGCCGGUCGGAAGGGCAGCCACCGCAGCAGAAGAGCCCUGUGCUGGGGAAGCAAGAGGGUAAAGCCACUCGCCGCGCCAGUCUCAAGAAGGGGAAAGAGCCCCCACUGUUGCAGCAGCAGCGGGGGGCAGGCGUCUGCACUGAGUGCGGGAAGGACUAUGGCUGCGGGCGGGCAGCACAGCGGGUGCAGACGCCGGAGAAGCCGCACCAGUGCGGGGAGUGUGGGCGCUGCUUCCGCCAGCGCUCCAUCCUGGCCAAGCACCAGAAGAUCCACACAGGGGAGAAGCCCUACCGCUGCGACGACUGCGGCAAGUGCUUUAGCCGCGGCUCCAACCUGACACAGCACCAGCGUAUCCACACCGGUGAGCGCCCCUUCCACUGCGGUGACUGCAGCAAGAGCUUCAUCCAGAAGUCAGACCUGGAGCGGCACCAGCGUGUCCACACCGGCGAGCGCCCCUACCAGUGCGGCCAGUGUGGCAAGUGCUUCAGUGUCAGUUCCCACCUGGACCGGCACCGGCGCACCCACUUGGGGGAACAGCACCGCCACCAUGCCUGCGGAGGAAGCAAGGGCUGUGGCGGCGGCCCAUCAGCCCGUCACCGGGCCUGCCAGGCUGAGGAGGAAGAGGAGGAGGAGGCGGUGGCUGCCCACCAGUGUCCGGAGUGCGGGAAGUGCUUUUCCCAGCGGGCCUCACUCUCCAAGCACCGCAAGACCCACAGUGGCGAGCGGCCCUACCAGUGUGGUGACUGUGGCAAGCGCUUCAGCCGGAGCUCCAACCUGACCCAGCACCAGCGCAUCCACACCGGCGAGCGCCCCUUCCAGUGUGGCGACUGUGGCAAGCGCUUCAUCCAGCGCUCCGACCUGGAGCGGCACCAGCGCGUCCACACCGGCGAGCGGCCCUACACUUGCCCCGACUGUGGCAAGAGUUUCAGCGUCAGCUCCCACCUGGACCGGCAUCAGAAGAUCCAUGCUGCUGAGCAGGCCUCCUACCGCUGCCCCGAGCACCUCAAAGGCUUCCUGGCCGCCCACCAGCACGGCAAACUCUUCAAGUGCUCUGACUGUGGACGCUGCUUCAGCCAGAGCGCGGCGCUGAUCAAACACCAGCGGGUGCAUGCCAGCGAGAGACCCCACCAGUGCACGGACUGCGGGAAGAGCUAUGUGGCCUGCGGCGCUGGCCCCAAGGCCCAGGCAGCAGCUGGAGGGAAGCCCCACAAAUGCACCGACUGCGGGAAGAGCCUGGGUGGGAUCUCAGCCCCUGUGCUGCACCCCAGGCUGCGCGCCCAGCAGUGUAUGGACUGUGGGAAGAGCCUGGCAGCGGGGAAGCCCCUGCCACCACCGGCGGAGAAGCCAUUCAAGUGCACAGACUGCGGGAAGGGCUUUGGGCAGCGCUCGGCCCUGGUGAAACACCAGCGGAUCCACACGGGUGAGAAGCCCUACGCCUGCCCCGACUGUGGAAAGGGCUUCAUCCAGAAGUCAGACCUGACCAUCCACCGUCGCAUGCACACUGGGGAGAAGCCCUACCGCUGCCCUGAGUGCGGCAAGUGCUUCAGCGUCAGCUCCAACCUCAUCACCCACCAGCGCACCCACCUGGGCGAGAAGCCCUACCAGUGCUCUGAGUGUGGCAAGAGCUUCAUCCAGCGCUCGGAGCUCACCAUCCACCAGCGUGUGCACACUGGCGAGAAACCCUACAAGUGCCCCGAGUGCGGGAAGUGUUUCAGCCGCAGCUCCCACCUCAACCGGCACCAGCGCACCCAUGCCGGCGACAAGCCCUCGCUGCUCUCCACCACCAAGAACUCCGCUGCUGCUGCCGCCAACAACCCCCUGCAGGCCUCCUCCGCCUUCUCCUCUGCCUCCUUCUCCUCCCCGUUGGAGAAACGCAGGAAAACAUGA